CGCAGACCAGUACCGUCGUCACUCGCACGGACAUCGACUCCUUCGGGCACAGUUGAACGACUCUAUUGCUUUAGGACCAUGGCCGCGGCUCCGGUCACGAUGACGGUCACCCCGCUGGAGGAGAAGGUGGCCGUUCUGGAAGAUGCGGUGGAGGUUCCCCGGGAUUCGCAGUAUGCGCUCAAGUUUGUGGGCGCAGCGAUAAGCAACAUGGUUUCUUCUGCGAUAUGCAACCCGACGGAUAUCGUCAAGGUACGGCAACAGCUUCGACGGCAAACACCUGGGGCGAGCGGAAGUUCGUUUUGGUCCGUCGGCGUUGAGAUGGCACGUAAGGAGGGCGUGCUGAGCCUUACGGGCGGCCUCUCAGCAAGUAUGCUUCGCGAGCUCGUUUAUUCCGGUAUCCGAAUGGGCACCUACGAGUUUUUCAAGGACAAGUUGCACACGGCGUCGAAAGGUGCACUUACACGUGAAGGACUUCCCCUCAAAGUAGCUGCGGCUAGCAUCGCCGCUACCAUAGGCAGUGCUCUAGCAAACCCCGCCGACCUUGUUAAAGUGCGGAUGCAGGCGCAUUACCCCGAUGGUAGCCCAUAUCGGAACAUGCGACACGCCUUUGCUUCCAUCUAUCGAGACGGCGCCACCUUCGCCGCAUCGAAGGGCGCGUCUUCGCUAUCAGGUGGUCUUGGGGCGCUUUACCGCGGAGUGGAAGCGACGACGAUUCGUGGUAUCGUCUUGUCGGCGACGCAGAUAUGCUCGUAUGACCAGAUCAAGCAGUCGCUAAAGAGGCGAGGUAUCAUGCAAGAGGGCGUGCCGCUGCACCUCGUUGCGAGCACUUUUGCGGGAUUGUUCUGUUCCAUCACCUCGAAUCCAGUCGAUGUGGUAAAGGUACGGCUGAUGAACGACAAGAAGCACGAGUUCAGAGGCGCGUUUGACUGCAUCAGGCAAGUCUUAGCGCGUGAGGGGCCAUUCGGAUUUUACAAGGGCUUCGGCAUGUGCUGGGCAAGACUGGGUACACAUACUAUCCUGACGUUCCUGAUAUUCGAGCGUGUCAGAUACUGGUUCGGCAUAGAAGCUAUGUGAUAGAGUCUU